AACCAUCGGAAGAGGAGCAGGGAGAAGAAGCUCCGAAGCUGUAGAAAAAUGGCGGCAAUGAGUGACAGAGAAAUGGAAUUGCUGCUCUCGAGCUUCGAUCAGAUUUACCAAGUACGUAAAGAUCAUUCCCAUCUUCCAUUUUCUGCUCCAAGGCGCAGCCCAAUUCGAUGUGCUUGAGCUUCAGUUAGGACUUCAAGAGCGGGAUGGAGGAGAUCCAACAGCUGAAAUCGAACUGUCAGGCCGAAACAAAAAGGGGGGAGGCUCUCGAAAUUGCUUGCGAUAGUGUUAAGCGAGAUAAUGAAGCUUCAGAUACUUCUUUCUUCCCAAGUUGUGUUAGAUUUUUUUCUUCAUGAGAGAUGGCCCGGUUUUUGUAGCUUUGUCUUCACUGAUUGCUUCAUAUAAUUUACAGCUUGAACACUACUUAAAAUGCCAAAGAUUGGAAGAGGAGCUGAAGAGAGUAACUGCUGAACAUCAGGAUAUUGAAAAUGUUCUUUGAACGCCAAAAACAAUCAGAUGAAGCGACCAUAAAUCAUCUCUGCCAAGAUUUAGCAGCACACAAGUGUCAUAUCCACUCUCUGGCAAGCAGGCUGGAGCAGAGGCACUCUGAUUUCAGUUCAAAAUAUCAGACUGAGAUUCAGGACUUGAGAGACUGUCUUCUGCUCGAACAGGACGAGAAGAAUGGGUUGAGUAAGAAACUUCAAGCUUCGGAAAAAGAAUUGUUGAUGAGCAGAACAAAGCUAGCUCAAGAGCAAAAAACCUCGGUUUCGAGCCAGCAGGUUGAGGCACUGAAGCAGAAGAUCAUGAAGUUGAGAAGAGAGAAUGAAAUUCUCAGAAGGAAGCUUCAAAGUUCUCAGGAGGGCUAGCUAGUCCAAUAUCUGAUGCAUUCUGUACUGUGGACAUAUAAUUAGAUGUAUAUGAAAUCUGUUCAAAUGUAUUGUCGGGUGAAGUUAUUGGGUAUUUUCCGCUGAAACUGUUUGCCCCUUCAUACUAGCUUUAUUUCCUGCUACGUGUUCUUGGAGAACAGGAGAGCGAGCAUUGUUAAGUUUAAUUUUCUGCACAAAUUCAUUGGUGACAUAAUAUGUCAUCGCAGUUAAGUUGGAUGGAUCGCAGUUAAUUUUCUA